GACCAUCAUCUCCCCAACCGCCCUGCGACCGUUCUAUAUCCCCACUCAGCCAGACGCUGAACUGUUCAUACUAUCCGCGCUCUCUGUAUCGGGCGCUGCGAACACUAACUAUCACUAAUACGCGCGACAUUAUCUUGUCUUUGUCGACAUCGUUCGUCUUCGCGCGGACGACCAUUCAGCUACACAGGCUUAUUACACCGCUUUCGACCACUCUUCCCAUGCGUCGUCUUUCAGUAUUCUCGCGCAAGUCCAAUCUGGACAGGACUUCUGGCUCCUCAGAGUCGUCGAGGACGCCCUCAGACCUCUCCAACUUUCUCAUGCUGCAGAAAGUGAACUACCUCAAGGCAGCAGAGCAGGAGCAGGCGAGGCAAUGGACGGUCGUUAUGGGCAAUGAGGCCGGAGAUCUUGACUCGCUAGCCAGUUCCAUCGCCUACGCGUGGUACGCCACCAAGGCUCGCCGCACACUCACAAUCCCCCUAAUCCAAGCCUACCGCGCCGACCUCGUCCUCCGCGCAGAGAAUCUCUACGCACUCUCCCAGGCCGGCAUCGAUCCCACGAAAGAUCUUCUCUGCCUCGACGACCUACCCUCCUUCCCGACCGACAAAUUCGCACUCGUCGACCACAACCGCCUCGGCAGCCAAUUCUCGGCCUCUUCGCCUGAAGCUCGCGUCGUAGCCGUCAUCGACCACCACGAGGACGAAGGGCUGUACAAGGACACCGCCGAUCCGCGUAUCAUCACCGUUCCCACCGGGAGUUGUUCGUCCCUCGUCACCUCCCUUCUCACACAACACACACCGGACUCCAUCCCCCCCGAACUCGCCACGCUCCUGCUCUCCGCAAUCCUCAUCGACACGAACGGUCUCAAAGCGGGCGGAAAAGCCGAACCGCACGAUCGAGAGGCCGUCUCGUUUCUCCUCCCACAUGCGCCCAUUCAACAAUCUUCGCUGCAGUCUCCUAAACAGUCGGGGUUCUCGUUCCCCAGUCCCACGAGCAGCAGCUCUAAAUGUUCGAGCCCUAUCUCGAGCGAUCAUUCCGAUUCGCCAGUCCAGGAGAUGUCGAGCAUCCAGGAACUCACGAACGUGUUGAUGGCGAAGAAGAACUCAGUGGCGCAUCUCUCGACGCGGGAUCUGCUAAGACGGGAUUACAAAGAGUAUACAUGGAAACCUUCUUGGUCUCCUCCCGCCUCUGCUACAUCUUCCUCCUCGAAGACAUCGACCUCGGACGUCGCCUCGCCUUCGUCAUCUUCAUCCCUUCAUCCCGCCAAUUCAUCCAAUACUUCCAAUACUUCCACUACCACUCCAGCCGUGCAGAUCGGUCUGGCCACCGUCCCGCGGGGGCUGAAAGACUGGCUGCCUAAUGAUUCCGAGUUCUGGUCCGCGAGCCAGAGUUAUCUCGACGAGCGGAAUCUGAGCGCGCUAGGUAUCCUAACGACGUUCAGGGGCAAGGGAGGAAAAGGGAAACAUAAGCGGGAGAUGUUGUGGCUCGUGAAGGACGGGGAGAGCGAGUUGAAGGAUAGGUUGUGGAAGGGGUUAGAAGAGAGUAAGGACUUGAAGGUCAAGGUUAAGGAGGUGAAGAAGUAUACGGGCACCGGCACCGGUACGGGAGCGGGAGUGGGAGGAAGUGUUUGUGCUAGUGCGAUGGGUACGGGACGCAAGGACGGGGCGGAGAAGGUGGGGGAGAGGGUAAGGAUAUAUAAGCAGGGUAAUGCGGAUGCGACGAGGAAGGUCACGGCACCUAUCGUACGGACGAUCGUCGAGGGGAGCCAGAAUGGCGCAGCGGGAGGGAAGCUCUAAAUUUUCCCUCUUCCAUUCCUCUUGCAUCUAUUUCUCGUCUUGUCCAAGUAGUGUGGAUGUUUGCCCCCAUAAAUCCUUUCACGCUUCGUUCUUCUAAUUCUAAUACUGAUUGUAUAGGGGUCUAGAGUUGCUCUGGACAGCAUUCGUAUACCCUAAUCGUUUCGCGAUUGCGGGGUCUUCGUACUUAGCUUAAUGCCACAUCGCGCCAUUUAUACAUACCCCUCUUACUUUAUUUUUCGCAAUACUUACUCGAGGUUUCUCUCGUAUUACUCGACAUUGGUUGUCUGCAGGAUUUGAUAUGCGAGGAUCCGUCUCACACACCGUUGCCCACUCCACCUCCCUUAGAACUUACCGUUGACCACAACUCUUAUUGCCUUCUCCACUCUACUUCUACUUACUUACAUGGUGUAUCAAUUAUUCUCCGUCACAUUGUCG